CUCUCUCCUAAUGGUGACUGUUUCAGGGCAGAAUCUGUACCAAGACCAGAUAUCAGAGACUAAGAGGCAAAGAAAGAGUGUCUCCUUCAACUGCAAAAUUACUGGUCGGUGUUGGGAAGGCUAUGUCUUCUGGUACCAGAAGAGAGAGAGUGAACCCUUCACUUGGAUUCUUUGGACUGAUUUAGAUGAUAAUUCUGUAAGCUCAGACACCACUCAUCCUCAGAGAGCAGAUUUCUCUGUUAGUAAGGAGUCUGGUUCCAGUCAACUGAAGAUCCAGUCAGUUAAAGAGUCCCAUUCUGCCACCUACUACUGUGCCUGUUAUCAAAGCUCUGGAACCCACAUAUUUGGCUCCGGGACUAGACUUUAUGUAACCGAUGAUCCAAUCAAAACACCCAAAUUGACAGUCUAUCCAGCAUCUGAACCUGAGCCGAAUGGGAAGACCACCCUGCUAUGUCUGGCUAGUGGCAUGUUUCCAGACAUAGUCAAGAUCUCAUGGAAAAUGAAGGAUAAAACUGGCCGAACAAUUGAGGUGCCGAAAGGAGAAGAGGUUCAACAGAGGGAUGAAAGAAAGACGACCAGUAUGAUCAUCAUUGAUAAAGUCAAGGCUGUUGAAAAUAAUUUAAUCUGUUCGGUGAAGCAUGAAGGAGGCAAUAACGAAGUUGAAACACCACAAGUCAUGUUCACAGAGAAACCGACUGAAGUUCCUCCAACCACCAUGGUUGUACCAACCUGUCCUCCCAGAAAUGAAUCUCAGGGCCCAGCGACACUGGAGGUUGCAUACGAUUCCUUCCAGUCAAUGGUCAGUUUGAAUCUGGCCUCUCUGGCUUAUACGUUGAUGAUAGUGAAGAGCCUGGUGUACUGCUGUGGGCUCGCUGUCCUGCUUCAACUCAGGAAUAAGGGAAGUAGACCCAGCAGCCUCUACAUUUACUGAAAAGAUAAUCAUCAGUAUUGAUAAUUUUAGUCUGAUAUAUUUGUCAUCCUAUAGAGGUUAAACAUGUAAGCAAUUAAAUGUGUAAUCUAUACAUUAAACAUAAUCUAUAGCAGUCUUUCACAAACCUUUCUUUCCCAGGACUGACAAAUUAUGGCAAUAUGGUUUUCUUAGGACACAUUGGGGCUAUUGAAAAACAUGAUUAAGUAAAAAUGAUUUUAUCUUGAGGCUACUCAUAAUGUUAAUUAACACCCCAAACUAUGUCAAACUAAACAACAUUUUAACUUCAAUUAAAAUUGAAGUUUCAAUAGGUCAAUAGUUUGUACUGACUUCCAUGCAUCAAAAUAUGAAACAUUUAUGAAAAUGUAACAGAAGAUGAAGUACAUAAAUUACUGUAGAAAAGGAGACAUAAGUUGCUUUCAAUUGAGAAUUUGCCAAAGUCCCAUGUAUGUCCUACAGUACACAGCUUGUGAAGAAAACCGACCAGAUGUACAACAUGCCACGCCUUGCAUUUCAGGAUUCGUAAUAGUUAAUAGUUUAAACAUUAUAGCCAAAAAAGAAAAAGGUGACCAAUAUGAAGAGUUUGAAGUGUCCCUAAAACAACUGUGUUGUUAUGGUCAAUAUUUACCCGUCGAUGGAGAAUGGUGGUUCAGAAUGCUUCAGAUGGCGGUUACAGAGCGGAGAGUGAUUACACACACAUGCAUUCACACACAAACGUAUAUACAAUGCUCGCCAUGAUAAUUUUUUUAGUAUCUUCUGUAGCCCCACAAAGAAGUUGGGGCCUUCCCAGAAAACCAUAACUCCUGCUGAGACAAUUAAUCUUGUUUACCUGAUUCCAUUUCUAAAGCCACAUUUCAUGAUGUUUGGACUACUGUUGCCUUUUUUGAGUUAUUACUGUGAAAAGUGUACCUAUUUUGUAAUAGAAUGAUUUCAUGUUGCUUUUUACAAUGUUAAAUGGAUGUUCUAGUACAAGGCUAUUGUGUGAUGUUCUGCUGUCCUUGCUGAACAGGAUGUACCUACAGCAGUUACAGCUAACAUCUCAAGGACUGUAUACAUCUUGCAAUGUUGAUCUCAGCAGACCAGCUUGUAGGACGUAGUUUAACCAUGAAUAGGAGAGGGGCACAAAAUGGGCUGUACUGAGUGUAUAUAGGCAUGAGCUCAAACUUAGACAGAGAGCUCUUGACCUUUCUCUGCUGAGUGUGUUGGUAACUGCUCCGGAUAUGCAAAUAUUAAAUAAAGCUUUGUAUUUCCUUAAGAAUGUGCCUUUUCUCAAUACUAUUGCCAGAACACUGCCCAAAUGUCUGAGCCAUAAGUGUGACCUACAAACAAAACCAGCAGAGAAAAUCCUAUAACAUUUUCAUGAAGAAUUAACUAUUGAUUUAAAUGAUGGAGCCGACAAUAACCUUUAUGUGGUGUUCA